ACAAAUUAAUUUUGUUAUUUAAAAAAUUAUGAAACAAUUACUACUAAUCGUAAGCUUACUAACCAUUACGUUUGUGGCACUGGUAUGUGCAGACAUGAUCCCUGAGCCGUCUAAGCAGCAACCGUAUAGCCAUUUGUUGCGUAAACUGGUCAGACAAAAUCGUUGUAUAGAAAAGAACCUUGAUCAUAUUAACAAAUGUCUAAACAAAACAUCUACACACUGGGCAUUUGAAAGCGAUCAGUAUUGUUGUCAAAAUUGGUUGGCCUACCAGUGCAUUGAACAGCUACUGGAUAAACAUUUUGAUAAAUGUAGUAAUGAUGACAUUAUCUAUUUGGACAAUGAAUUGGUUGAGUUUAAAUCCAAACAGGAAAUGGAUAUAUGUAGUGAUGUUAAGUAUAAUGAAAAUCGUAUGAAUUACAGAUGCAUUAAUAGAUUGGCUAAAGAAAAUACCGUACAAUAAUAUUACUGAUGAUUUGAAAUGAAAACUAAUUAAC